AACCGCGAGACGGUGCACGAGCGCGAGGUGCAGACCGCAAUGCAGAUCAGCCACUCCUGGGAGGAGAGCUUCAGCCUGAGCGACAACGACGCCGACAAGGCCGCCUCCCCGAAGCGCGUCGACUUCGUGCCCGUGUCCCCGGCGCCGUCGCCCACGCGGGGCAUCGGAAAGCAGUGCUUCUCGCCGUCCCUGCAAAGUUUUGUGAGUAGCAACGGGCUGCCCCCGAGCCCCAUCCCCAGCCCGACGACGCGGUUCACGACGCGGAGGAGCCAGAGCCCCAUCAACUGCAUCCGGCCCAGCGUCCUGGGGCCCUUGAAGCGGAAAUGUGAAGUGGAGACUGAGUACCAGCCAAAGAGGUUCUUCCAGGGCAUCAGCAGCAUGCUGCCGUCCGACGUGGCGCAGCUGUCAGAGCCCGGCGCCUGCGUGCCGCCCGAUGCCUUCGACGGCAACAGCAGCGGCGCCGGCUCGUCGGGGAACUCGCCCGCCAAAGCCAGCACGACCACCGACUCCCCGCUGUCGCCCGCGCAGGCCGCCUCGCCCUUCCUCCUGGUGGACGAACUCACGUCCAAGUGA